AACAAACAAUGAUUCGAAAUUGAACAUUGAUUCAUAGAAAAGAAAAGAAAAAGAAUGAAUGAGAAAAAAUGGUCAAAGUAAAACAAAACUCCUGCAAUUGAAAAUCAACGACGUUGUGUGUCUUCCCACAACACCGCGUACGCGCAGCCUUUGCCACCAAAAAUCCAACAACAACAACAUUAACAACAACGAACAACAACAACGUUUGUUAUUUCUUAUUACAACAACACCUCCCUUCAAGAAUGAUGUGGUGUUGUUGAUUUUUCUUCUGAGCUUUUCAUCAUUUUGGAUUUGGAUCCCUCAAAUGGCACAAUCAUUCGGUCAAACUGAGAUUAAUUGGGACAAGCUAGAUAAAACUAAGUUCUAUGUCGUGGGAGCUGGACUUUUUACGGGUGUUACGGUGGCACUUUACCCGGUUUCUGUUGUGAAAACUAGGCUGCAGGUUGCUAAAAAGGGUGCUGUGGAGAGGAACGCGUUCUCUGUCGCAAAAGGGUUGCUUAAGACAGAUGGCAUCCCUGGUUUGUAUAGAGGGUUUGGCACAGUUAUCACCGGUGCGAUUCCGGCUAGAGUCAUAUUCCUCACCACUCUGGAGACCACAAAGGCGGCUGCCUUUAGAAUGCUCGAACCUUUUAGGCUAUCUGAAGCUACGCAGGUUGCUGUAGCAAAUGGUUUUGCAGGCAUGACAUCGUCGCUUUUUGCUCAAUCUGUGUUUGUACCAAUUGAUGUGGUUAGCCAAAAGUUGAUGGUGCAAGGAUACUCAGGGAAUGCCCAAUAUAGUGGGGGUCUGGAUGUUGCUCGAAACAUUUUAAGGGCUGAUGGAAUCCGGGGAUUUUAUCGAGGGUUUGGUCUCUCCGUUGUUACUUAUUCACCUUCAAGUGCAGUAUGGUGGGCAAGUUAUGGUUCAAGCCAACGCUUCAUUUGGAGAUUCUUGGACCAAGGUGCCACAGGUGAAGACACUCCUAGUCUGCAGAAGAUUAUGUUAGUUCAGGCUACUGGAGGGGUUAUUGCCGGCGCAACUUCAUCCUGCAUUACGACCCCUCUGGAUACUAUCAAGACACGUUUACAGGUGAUGGGACAUGAAAAAAGAAGCUCUAUAAAACAAGUUGCUAAAGAUUUAAUCAAUGAAGAUGGUUUGAAAGGCUUCUAUAGAGGUUUUGGUCCAAGAUUUUUCAGUAUGUCCGCGUGGGGCACUUCAAUGAUUUUGACUUAUGAGUAUCUGAAACGCGUAUGCUUAAAAGAUGAAUAGAUGCAAUUGGUCUGCAAGCAUGUCUAUACUGAUAGAUUAGUGAAGAUUAAGGUGAUGUUGUGUUGGAUAACUAGCUUCAGCACUGGAGUUGCUGUUUCACAUUGAGCAGUCUUGGCUUGAGAAACUUAUACAGUCUAUACUAACAGAUUCUUCUGAAAAUAAUUGCUGGAUACUAGAAAAUUCAAUAGUUUCAUUCUUUUAGUAUGAUUCAAUUGGUGUAUUCUUUUCUAGCAUCCUUGUGGAUAAUGUAUCAUGAGAGAGAAGGACAUAGAUUGCAAUUAGAUGUACUUCGUUGCAAAAAAAUGUGAAGAAUAUAUCUAAUUUGUCCAAUACAAAAGGGGAAGUUAUAGCAGAAACUUUUGUUUGUAUAUUGAGAAAGGUUUGUUACUUCUAAUUCCAAAGUUGUAAUAAUUUAUUAUUAUUAGAAACUUGGGCUGAGAAAGUUUCAAAGAUAUAUGAAAGAAUCUGAUGGCUUUUUUUUUUUCCAUAUGGAGGCUUUAUGUCAAAUGAAAAAUGAUGCUAUUGUGAUCCAGGUUUUGCUCCAAUGCAAUUGUUUAGCCUUGGCUUCCAUGUGAGUAGUAUUAUCAUUACAAUACAUGUGAUCAUAGAUGCAUAACUGGUCAUGUACUCAUACACAACAAUAAUCUCUCAUGUAAGGUCACAUGAUCCUAUAAGAGACAUCAAAUUUGGGUAAUGAAGCUGACAGAGCAGCUCAAUUUCGUUUCGAACUCAAAGAUCUCUUAGGUUGAGUUUCACCUUUGCCUACAUCAAUAUCGUUGCAUCAUCAAUUGUACCCUUGUGAUGUUUGAGAGUUGAGAUAACCAUUAAUGAUAGACUGCAUCAAAUGCUCCUUCUCAUAUUUGGUUUUUCGUCAAGAGUUGUUGGUUGAUUUCUUUAGAUUAGCCAAGGAAAAUUGAAAAUGUAGAUCUUCUGUUAAUGCUGUCAAGAGCGCAUGGUAAAUGAACUUUUAUGCUCAAAGUUAGAAUAGCACAAGCUCAAACGUUUGCUAAAAGGAUUAUUAAGACUUGUUUAAAUAAAUAUUUCGACAAAAUACAUGAUUGAGCAAGUCAAGUGAUAAGUUUUAACAGCAUCAGCAGCAAGUGGUUGAUGUUGCAACCUGCAAAGAAAGAAAUCAACAUGAACCUGUUAGAGAGGCAAUUCAAAAUGGGAUUUUAACACAUGAUGACGCAGGGCCAAGAAUAUGGAAGGUGUACUCUAGAAGGGGGCAGAAGGAAUCUAUUACUAACUAACAGAAUGCACACCUGGCAGAGAGAGAAAGAGAGCAGAAGAUUGUAUUUAGAUUUGUUAUAAGAAGGUAGUUAGGGAGGGGUAGAGAGGUAUCUCAUUUGAUAGCUUUUAAGUGUAAUGGAUAGGAAGCACUGAGCUUCCUAUAAGGAGCUACGCUCUGGUCAGUAAAGGGAUCCAUUCCCCUUCUCUGUAAUUCUCCAAAUCUAUCAAUAAACAAUCAUCUUUCUCUUA